AUGUCCUCUGAUCAGGCACAGAAAGCAUUACGUCAGAGUGGUCGCUUCUCUGCGUCAGACGCAGACCUCGUUGUUAAGUCAUCAGACGGAGUGCUGUUCAACGUUCACAGGCGAAACCUCGAGAUGCACUCAGAGGGCUUCCCUGGCGCCGAUUUUGUGACGAACGGAGAGAUUGUUGAGCUCUCAGAGACGGCGGAGACGCUCCACCUUCUCUUCCAGUACAUGUACCGGCAGCCACAACCCAACCUCGAGGGGGAGCCAUUUAAAAUAAUUGCAGGCCUCGCUGAGGCUGCUGAGAAGUAUCGUGUCUUUCCCGCGUUAGAGAUAUGCAAGGUGUUCAUGAAGGCAGCAAUCCCCACUCAUCCAACUGCGGUGUUCUUGUAUGCCGCAAGGCAUGGACACUUGAACUUAUGCAACGAAGUUGCACCGAAGAGCAUCGGAUAUCCAGUUGCUGAUGCGCUGAGGAAUUUUGAUUCUACAGUCCUCGCCUCAUGGCUUCUUUACCGUGAGCAAUGGGUCAAGGUUUGGGUGAACUCUCUCCAAGAGCCCUCUGUGGUACUGCAUAAAGGUGGAAUUGCGGAGUGCGAUUUAUGGCCUCUGUUUCGCAGGCAUGUUGUCUCCACUCUCUCCCAAAACAUCGGGUGUGUCAUGGAGUAUGCCGAAGUAUUUCGGCGGGCAGAAGAGCAGUAUCGUCUGGGUACUGAGUGCAGCCAUUGUGCGAUACGUGCUGCCAGAUGGGACGCGAACAUCCAGGGACUGAUAUCGACAGUCAAGAGCUUCAGAGAUAUGCAACAGCAAGCUCUAGAGCCCUGA